CCAUUUGUUGGCUACAAAGAUAUUAAAGUUGUACACAAGGAACCGAGACAUGAAAGUUCACUGCUUGUCCAAUUUUUAGUUACCUUUAAGCAAAACAGUUGCAACCAACUCUGCUGUGUCAUGAAAUUCAUUGUUUAGCCAAAUAAAAGAACUCUGAUAUGUCAAUUCAAUUGCCUUUAUUGAAAUGGGAUAGUGGAGAUAGAGCUAUGGUUUUCUGCUUUGUGGAAUUCAUUGACUGCCAUGGAUGCUCUUCAAGGUAAAGUAUUCACAAAUUUAUGUUAAUUUUUGCACUAUUGUACUUAUGUUUAUGUUAAAUUUGCAGUUGAAAUUAUUACUUUUAUCAUCUGACCAGAAUAUGGUAAUUGCUUUUAUUAGUUUGAAAAUUUUGUUAAGGAUAAUUUUAGCGUGAAAAUAGGAAAGCAAUGUGAUAAAGUCCAGCAUACACGCUGUCAAGCUGAUCUAUCAGAAGAGCAGCUUUCAUUGGUUGGUGAUACUGGCCUUUUUGUGGGAUAUAAAUUUGAUGAUAAGAAACCUGAGUCCACUGUCUUGAGGAUCCAAGUUGCACAUUUCCCUCUCCGUCUAGGGUCUCAUCUUGAGGACCAACAGGUUUGUGUUCCCACACUGACCAAAGAUACAUGGUUAGGAUGAUCAUUAACCUGAUUCGCCCUGGAUACAUUGUACCACGCAUCCAUACCCAUCUUGAGUAAUGUAAAUCUGUUCCCAACUGCCUGUGGAAAUCAUUGUGGACAAGAGCAGGGCAGAAAGAAAUUCUAGCCCGUCUCCAAACAUGGCUGCAUGGAAAUGAAUAUCAGUAUGGUUCUUUCAUCCUCAAUAACAAAUUCAUUUUGGACAGAUCACAUGAGAAUGCCGGUAUUUUUCUUGCAGUAGACAGAUCACACCAUAAGCUGACCUUUCACUGCCAAUAAACAAGGACAUUGAAGUGUCAUUUUCAUUAUCAACGUUCUGUGUUCUGCGGCAAUAUAGAGACAUCAUCCGACCAUUUAUUUAUCAUAAAAACCUCGUAGUAAUUUAUUUGUUUGCAAGAAGACACCUCUGAGGGCUGGAGAUGAGGAUGGGAAUUCAUUUAUAUAUAAUGUAAAACCUGACAGAAUCUAAACACAAAUUCAACUUAGCACAACUACAUUAAUCAUUUUUAUUUAGGCAAACAGAGCUCCUGUCUUCCUCCUCCGAAGUUUCCUAGGAAGCUCGGAGCUUUUGUCAACAUUAG